AUGGAGGACAGGGACGCCGGCCAGAGCCAAGGUGCCGAGGUCCGGAAGAUCCCGGAGGAGUUCUUCGCGCCGGCGGACGCUUAUCGUGCGAGCAUCGACAACACAAAACAGCGGCUGCUGAGUGACCGCGGCCAGAGCUCGCCCUGGUGGUCAUCCUCGACCGAGGACGGCCGCUCCGGAAGCGGCAGCGGCAAGCGGCGUCGCCGCAGCGGGCGCUCCGGCAGCGCGCAGGAGCACCAGGAGUGGAAGCGGAAGACGUCGGCGCGGGCUUACUCCGAGUACCUGCGCAGCACCGACCCGCGCUACCGCAGCACGGACGACGACGCCUCUAGCAAGUCAACCACCAUCUCAGUGUACCCGGCCAGCAGCUCGGAGACGGUCGCCGACGGCAAGAGCCGCUUCAGCGACAUCAGCUCCGAGGCGUCCGGGGCCGGCGCAGAGCCCGAGCAACAAGCGGUGAUCAGUCAGGGCAAACCAGGCGUGACGGUGUCGACAUCUACUACGGAGAUGCAGGCGACGGAGGGCACCCAGACCUGCUGUUCCAAUUAUCUCCUGCUGGACCGACGCUCCUGCCUGGUGAAGGUGCUCGCCGCCCUGCAGCGGCUCAACACAGACGAGGCGCUACAGGUCGCACGCAUUCUUCGACGUAGUCUUGAACAAGAUCGAAAUAAUCGCGUGUACGAAGACGCCGACAUCAAGCAUCUGAUGACGAGAAAGCGAUCGAUGAUUGACGCCACAGGCCCGCCAGCCGCUCGUACCGAAUCGGAACAGGUCGUGCCGCGCUCCCGGUCUCGCUCUCCCGUGAUGCGGGACGACAUCCCGGACCAGGACUACGACGAGAUGACGCGAGUAGUCUCCCAGAUCGACCUGAUGGUGCGCUCCAAGCUGCGUAUCACGGCCGCGCCCUACUCGCUCAUCUACGAGACGCUCAUCAACUACCACUUGGAGAUCACGCAGGACUACUCACCCUCGGUCGCCGUCUUCAACUACUAUCUCACCGAACAGGGCCACCCGCUCUUCGAGGACACGAGCGGCUUCUUCCGACCGACGAUCCUGCAGGUGGCGCGCGAGUCGCUCUGUCCGCGCCUGUACGCCCACCAGCCGCUGGGCGAACCUCGCCAGCUGCCCGACCGGCAACGGCUGCUCGACCUGCAGCUGCUGCUCGACGAACUGCUGAUAUGCCCGUUCUGCGGCGAGGACGUCGUCUGGGGCCAGGACAGCAUGUGUGCCGAGUUCUGCUGCGAGCCGUUCGCCGACAUGGUGGCCGCCGAGUACGCGGAGGACCUGGCCAAGAUCCGGCGGCAGGCCGCGCUCCGGCGCCGCUGCUCCGAGCUGGGCCGGCUCGACGGGAGCGACGAGCUGCUGUCGGCGGUGGACAGCGUCGCCUCGAUCGACGCCUCCAACAGUGUGGCGGCCAAGCUGGCUGCGCGGCGCAAGUCGGCCGACCAGCGGCGCAAGUCGAGCGAGCGCGGCUCGCAGCGCCUCUCGACGGCCGACCAGGCGACGGCGCUCCAGGAGAGCAGCUCGUCCUCAGGCCGCCGCCGCCGGCGCCGCAGCAGCGGCCGCCGCCAGCAGACGUCGGCUCGGGUGAAGGAGAUGGAGGCGAUGCUCGGGCGCAAGCUCUCACCGAAGGAGAUCAAGGAGAUCAUGGACAAGGUGACGCGCGGCGCCGCCUCGCCGCAGAUGCUGGUCGUCACCGCCAUGGGUGUCUCCGAGAAGACAGACCCCGGCAUCCCGGCUGACCCUGCCGACGAGCGCUCUCCGAAGGCCAGCCUAAAAGCCUCCAAGUUAAGGGCGGACGAGAUACAAGAAGAGCCGCUUUCCGAUGACACCGGCCAGCAAGACGCACGUGACGACGACGGCUCUUUGGAGGCCGACGCCGACGACGAGGGCGUCGACGCCGAGGUGGCGGCGGCAGGCCGGCGGCGGACCAAGGGUCGCACCGGAAGUGCCGCCCGCCGGCGGCGCAAGACACGCGGCCAGGCGCGCGCUCAGACGAGCAGUGGCGCGCUGGACAGCGCCGACGACUCGCGCACCGAGCGGGGCAAACGCGGGGACCGCAGCGACCGCCUCGAGCGGGACUCCUCCGUCAACGACGACCAAAUGCACUACCGGCUCUCCGACAUCCUGUUCCUGGAGGAGGGUGUCACUCAGCUGCCAUGGGACGGCAGCGAUCCGCAGCAGCCGGGGCCCCGGCCACCCUCCGAGCCGGAGUCCGAGGCCGAGCUGGUCACCCACCCGGUCGAGAGCGGCAUGAACCAGUUCCUGCAGGAGUUCUACCCCUGCGGCCAGCUGUUCGUGACGUGGUUCGGCGACGGCUCCGGACACGUGCUGUACCCUAGCGGCGAGCCAGCUGUGCUCAUCACCAUGGAAACGGCAGGUCGCCGGUUUGUGGUGAUGCCGGACGAGCCCUGUAUCGACACGGCCUCCUCCAACUGCGUGCUGGCCAUGUUCGACCCGCAGGGCGUCGGUUUCAUCUACUCGGAAAAGGGCACCAUCAGGCUGCUGUUCGACCAGCGGGAGGGCUGGUACCACCGCGAUGACGGCACUGAGCGACGCUGGCGCUGGUCGGACCUGGACGACCACGUCCACCACUCGCCCACUCUCCAGCCCGUCAUAUUCGCCAUCAACAAACAUGUGGCUGUCCGCGUGCUGAGGCAGGACUACAUCCUGCUCUCCUUCUGGGCGUGCCGGCGCAGCGCGCGGUGA